CACGUGUUAUUGUUGCGUGUAGUGAAUAUAAGACGUGUGUUGGACGGGCUAUAAAAAUGUUUAAAAGAGCGAAAUUAAAUGAUUUUGAUAAAGCUGACAAUGAACUCGAUGAAAGACCACCACAGACAGUGCAAGCUCGAUUAAUUUCUGAUUCAGGAGAAGAAGCUGGCCCUCCUAUAGAUCUCCCAGCCGAUGUAACGGUCGAACAAUUGGGUUUAAUUUGCAAUGCAUUAUUGAAAAAUGAAGAAUCUACGCCGUACUUGUUUUUCAUUGGGGAAGACGAAAUUAAAAAGACUUUAGAAGCCACAUUAGAUUUAAGGUCAAUUGAUACGGAAGACAUCGUCAACAUAGUUUAUCAACCACAAUCGGUAUUUAAAGUGCGCCCAGUUACGCGAUGUACUAGUUCUAUGCCAGGUCAUGCCGAAGCUGUUAUAUCUAUUGGAUUUAGUCCAAACGGUGAACGUUUGGCUAGUGGUUCAGGAGACACUACUGUUCGCUUGUGGGAUUUGAAUACUGAAACUCCUCACCACACUUGUGUCGGCCAUAGACAGUGGGUUAUGUGUGUUGCAUGGUCGCCAGACGGCCAUAAACUAGCCAGCGCCUGCAAGGCUGGCACAAUAAUGAUAUGGGAUCCCGAGACAGGUAAACAAGUUGGACGAACUUUAUGUGGACAUAAGAAAUGGAUUAACUGUAUGAGUUGGGAACCAUAUCACCGAAACUCAGAUUGUCGAAAACUUGCUAGCGCAUCAAGUGACGGGGACUGUAGAAUUUGGGAUAUCGUAUUAGGGCAAUGCAUAAUGGUUAUAUCAGGUCAUACGGCUGCUGUUACGGCUGUACGUUGGGGAGGAGCCGGUUUAAUUUACAGUUCUUCAAAGGAUCGUACGGUUAAAGCGUGGAGGUCUGCUGACGGUGUCUUGUGUCGCACUUUUUCUGGCCACGCUCAUUGGGUUAAUAAUAUAACUUUGAGUACAGACUAUGUUUUACGUACAGGACCAUUUCAUUCUAUUAUAGAUCGAAAUAAAAGACGUAUGGUUGAUAGCAAGGAAGAAAUGCAAAAGAUGGCCUUUGAACGCUACAAAAAUGUUUGCCCAGAUGAUAUUGAAUCAUUGGUAUCGUGUUCCGAUGAUUAUACACUCUACUUAUGGUCAGCAAAUCAAAAUAAAUGCAUUGAGCGCAUGACCGGCCAUCAGAAUGUUGUUAACGAUGUCAAAUACUCACCGGAUGUUAAACUAAUUGCUUCGGCAUCAUUUGAUAAAUCGAUACGUUUAUGGCGAGCCAAAGAUGGAAAAUUUUUAAACACGUUUCGAGGUCAUGUCCAAGCUGUUUACACGUUAGCCUGGUCGGCAGAUUCUCGACUGAUAGUAAGUGGCAGUAAGGACUCAACACUAAAAGUAUGGAGUGUUCAAACUAAAAAGUUGGCACAAGAAUUGCCGGGUCAUGCAGAUGAGGUAUUUGCUGUCGAUUGGGCUCCUGAUGGCUCUAGAGUUGCUUCUGGUGGCAAAGAUAAAGUUGUGAAAUUGUGGGCCUAUUAGCUUGUUUUUCACAUAUCUUGGUAAUGUAACGUAUCAAAAGUUUCCUGUAAUAACUUUUGUUCUUCGGCGGGGCACUCAA